GAAGAAAGCUACUUCACAUUCAUAAAAACACAUGUAACAUAGUCUUCAUAGAGAUUCCAAUGGUUACAGCCUGAGCUGAGGUGUCUCUUUCCCUGACAACAGUGAAAAAGGUUAAGCCCAAAAAACUCCGGGUCCACGCCCGCACUUAAGCUUUUGUAUAGUCAUGAAAGUGAUGGAAAGCCAGUUUUACAGUAAUGGCGGAAAAUAAUAAGUGGGGAUUAUGGAAUGGGCGGCAAAUUACGAGUUUAAUUAAUUCCCCCAAUCACUGAUCACUGAUCCUUCUUCCCCAUAAAUACCCCCUACCCUUUCCCCAAUCGUCAUCACUCAAGCAACAAACAUUCAUUCCCCGAGUCUUCUUCUUCCCAAAAACAGAGCAAUUUAGCUUAAUUUUCCGAUCACCAAAAAGAGAAGAAAUUUGUACGAAUGGCGAAAGACAUUGAAGUUGGAGGCAACGAAUACGGCGCCAAGGACUACCAAGACCCUCCUCCGGCCCCGUUGAUUGACCCGGAGGAACUCACCAAAUGGUCAUUUUACAGAGCACUAAUCGCCGAGUUCAUCGCAACCCUCUUGUUCUUGUACAUUACGGUUUUGACGGUGAUUGGCUACAAGAGCCAGAGCGACACAGCCGCCGGAGGUGACCAAUGCGGCGGCGUUGGGAUCUUGGGUAUCGCCUGGGCUUUUGGUGGCAUGAUCUUUAUCCUGGUUUACUGCACCGCCGGAAUCUCGGGUGGGCACAUUAACCCGGCUGUGACAUUCGGGUUGUUCUUGGCCCGCAAAGUGUCUCUGGUUCGAGCAAUCAUGUAUAUGGUGGCUCAGUGCUUGGGCGCCAUUUGUGGAGUUGGGCUUGUGAAGGCUUUCCAGUCGGCCCACUACAAUCUCUACGGCGGUGGUGCUAACGGAAUCAACGACGGGUACAGCACCGGCACCGGUUUGGCCGCUGAGAUCAUCGGAACCUUUGUACUUGUUUACACCGUUUUCUCUGCCACUGAUCCCAAGAGAAACGCAAGAGACUCCCACGUUCCAGUAUUGGCUCCACUCCCAAUUGGAUUUGCAGUGUUCAUGGUUCACUUGGCCACAAUCCCAGUGACUGGAACUGGUAUUAACCCAGCAAGAAGCUUUGGAGCUUCAGUGAUCUCCGGCAAAAAUUGGGGUGAUCACUGGGUUUUCUGGGUUGGACCAUUCAUCGGAGCUGCAAUUGCAGCAUUUUACCACCAGUACAUUUUGAGAGCCGGAGCAGCUAAAGCUCUGGGUUCAUUCAGGAGCUCAUCCUAUUAAGGGAGAUUUGAGUACCUCUUCUGGAAACAACGCAUCUGGAAGUUGUAUAUAACCGAGCUGCACCUGUCGUCAUCAUUUGUAAUGUGUCUGUAUCAGAUUUGGGCACUAAUUUUAGGCGUGCCCUGAAGUUGUCACUGUUUUUGAGUUUCUUUUUCUGUUUUGUUUACUUUUGGUCUUCAUUUUCCUUUGUGGUAUGUUUUCCUUCAAGGUGUAAUCUGUAAUAUGUUUGAUUGUGGUGCAAUGGUAAUAAUAUAUCAGUAAGGAAGUUUGUGUACUUUUACUGAGUUAUCUUUACAAUUCAAG